ACCGGAGCGCAGCGCAGCGCGGCGCAGCGCGGCGGCGGGCGCUCGCCGGGUCGCUCGGGCGGGCUGCGCCCUCCUGCCCUAGCGGUGUCCCCCCUCCGCUCGCCGGCGCCCCAGCCGCCGCCGCAGCCCGCGGGCCGUCCCCGGCCGGCCGUCCCCGGCCCCAGCGCCGCUGACCCUGUCCGCCGCGGGCGGGGACGCGGGAGGAGGAGGCGCCGCGGCGGAGCCCCCGGACGCGACCAUGUCGGAGGUGCUGCCCUACGGCGACGAGAAGCUGAGCCCCUACGGCGACGGCGGCGACGUGGGCCAGAUCUUCUCCUGCCGCCUGCAGGACACCAACAACUUCUUCGGCGCCGGGCAGAACAAGCGGCCGCCCAAGCUGGGCCAGAUCGGCCGGAGCAAGCGGGUUGUUAUUGAAGAUGAUAGAAUUGAUGACGUGCUGAAAAAUAUGACAGACAAGGCACCUCCUGGUGUCUAACUCCCCCAAAGACAAUGAGUUAAGGGAGAGAAUAAGAAUAAGAACGGCGGUAACAGUUAUUGGCAAAAAGAGCGUGAAAAGAGAAAGCACUUGGAAAUUUAUUACUAGCUUGCUACCUGCGAUGAAAUCAACAACCUGUAUCUCGUGUCAGGCCGGGAGACAGAGGAGGCGUGAGGAGGAGGCGGCGGCGGCGGCGGCUCUGGGCUCCUCUGCAAAAAUAAAAAUUUUAAAAAUAACAAAAUCACUAUACACACACAUAUAAAGAAAUAAAAAAGAAGUCUCAGUUGCAGCUAUUUGUCAAAAUUAAUAUCAAUUUCUUAUUAUAUACAGUGAAUAUUGCGCAACUAUAGAUCUGGAUUUUGAACCACUUAAAUAAUGAAGCGGCAACACCGGGUGUUUUGAGGUGUUGGCAUUCUUUGCUGAUUUGGCUGUUCCCAAUGUUUACAUUAUUUAAUCUUGCAAAAAUUAUUCUGUGCACUUGGAUGUGAAAUGCUGUUAAGUUUUAUUUUUUUAUGUUGCUAUCCUUGGAUGUACAAAAAAAAAAACAAACAAAAAACAAA